ACCACCGCUAUCUUCACUUCAAUUCAUUGUGAGGUUAUCUCCAUACGUGUUGCGUAUUAAUUUAGUGCGUAAAUGGAAACUAUGGUAAAAUCGGUGCCAGAGGAACCCGAAGAGGGCGAAAUAAUCGAUGACGAGAGCGACGAAGUAGUGGAGGACGUUUUCGAAGUGAUUUCGGAAAGUUCGAUACCGUGCUCUCCGCCCGUACUUGGAGUUGGUAAGUCCGUAUCGCAUAGAGACUUAUUACGUGCCGUUUCUUUGAGCAGCAUUAGCGAUUCCGAUUCGGACGUACCUUCCGUAACAUCCGAUGCAUCAUCAAAUCAUUUUCGGGGUUCAAAACAACCCCGCCAUCACCGUAAACGUAAAAGAUCAUCGGCGAGUUGCAAACGACGUAAACUUAAAAAGGGGUAUCACGAUUUCGACGUGGAUUUAAAAAAGCAAUUUCAAAGGGCUAUUCAAAUCAAUAAUGAAGUUGAAUUGCACGUUAAUCCCUUGGAAAAUCGAUUAAAAUCAAUGUUGGGUGUUAAUAAUCCCACUGAUAAGGAUAAGAAAGAGGAUGAAGAUGAGGAAUUGGAUAAAUUGAGAGAAUUAGCUCUGUUAUCAAAAGAGAAAACGAAUGAAAAUGUUGAAGUUACUCCGGAGGAAGAAAAUAAAGGUAAGGAGGAGGAUGAAGAGUUAAUUCAAUUAAGGUUAGAUGCAUUAAAGUCUGCAAUGAUUAAAAAAGCAGCUGAGAGAAAAAAGAGAAAAGAAAAUAAAGAAAAUGAUGUUAAUAAUGAUAAUAAAGAGGAUGAAAUUAAAGAAAACGAUCAACCUCCCAUUGAAAAUUGGGGGCACAACACAUCUAUAGAAGAAGAUGUGGAUAUAAUGCGAGCAAUGUUAUUGGUAUCCAUGUCCAAUAAAGUAAUUCCAAAAAAUCCACCAAUUAACAAAAAGCCACCACAAAAAAUAAUCCAAAUUAAACCAAAACCUGUUAAAAAAUUAAUAAUAAACCUAAAAGAUUCAGAUGAAUCCGAUUCAGAAGAAAAAAAUAGCGAAAAAGACAUCAAAAUGGAAGUAAAUAACACAAAAAUCGAGGAGUUUUUGAAAACCCAACGAGCGGCUGUAGAAGAAAAAUCAAAAAAAGAUAUUAAUGAAGAGAAAGAUACCUCGGGAGAAAUACUUUUGGAUAAAUCAGUGGUGAAAUUAUUACCGAAAUCUCAACAAAGAGAAUAUCAAAUGUUGAAACAGAAAUUGUUAAACGCAAAGAGGAAAAAAUUAAGGAAAACUUCAACGAAAUUGGUGACUAAUAAUAAUAUUAAUGGUAAUAAAGUGAACAAUUGUGCGAUACAAACGGUGAAAAGUGGUAGUAAUGGAGUUACGAAUGGUCCCAAGAUUGAUGGAAAUAGGACGAUUCUACAAAAAACUUUAGAAAACUUGCACGUGAAGAAAAGUGGAAGAUUCCAGAUGAAAGGUAAGUACAAGGCGCUGGGACCUCUACUUCAAAAAGUGAACCAGGCGAGUCUCGACCGUCAACGUUGUGAGGUGACGAUCAAAACGUUACUGGGCGAACUACAAAAGGCUCGAGAUAAACUCCACGUUACGCAACAAAACUACUCCAAUCUACUGGUCAAGUUAAAAAAGGCGAAAAACGCAAUAGAUCGAGGUGCUGCUUUAAGAAAAACGAAAGAAACUUUUGAAACGAAAGUGAAAGUUUUGGAGGAGAAUAAAACUUCAACACCGAUUAAAAAUGUUAAUAGUGCCAAAAGUACUGAUAAAGUGACUGCAAAUGGUGCGGAAUUAAUAGAAAUUGAUGUUAGUACGAUUAAUAUAAGCGCUCCCACUGGAAAUAGGGAGCAAGUUAAUCAGGAAGUUGAAAUGGAGAUGGAAAAGGAAAUUAAAAAAGAUCCCGAAGAACAUAUUAAAUAUGUAUCUCCAUUAGAUACUAAUAAUAGCGAGCAGGUAUAUGAUCCCUUAAUAAUGUAUUGUCCUUUUGAGUUGUUUGGAGUGUGUAAAGAUCCAGAGUGCCAAUUUAAUCAUUGUUCAUCCAAGUUGUGAGGUUUAAAGGUUGAUUUGUUUUAUACAAUACUAAAGGUAACAAAUAAUUACACGAAAAAAGCAAGUUUGUACCUGAUUUGUACUUUAUUAAAAAAAAUAAUUGAUGUCAGUUUCAGAUUUAAUAUGUGUCUGUGUUUAAAAACGGUAAAUGCUCAUUUUAAUUUUAUUUUUCAUAAACAAGCCAAAGUAGCAAUAUUUUUAAGUAAAUAAAUAUUGUAAUUAGUAUUUGUAAGUAGGCGAAAUUAAUGUAAUUAUUUUUUUACUAUAUUGAAAAAUUUAAUUAUAAUUUAAAAAAUAUCAUAAUCAAGUGAUAGGAUAUGUUAUGCCAUCUUUUUUGAAGUCUUAAUAAGUUAAAAUAAAAUUUGUUUAAGUUUA